AGGAUUUAGAAGUGCAGAAAAGAAAACGAAGACAGAAACGUUCUCUGACACACACACUCAACAUUAUAUUACAAUGGGAACUCUGUUCGUAUUCUUAGCAAUUUUUUGUACGUUUUCACUAAACCUCACCAAUGGAUAUGAACCAUAUUACUUUUCUGACGAUAAUGGCAUUCCCCAUUUUGUCGAUGCUGAUGAAUACAUGUUAACUAAUGACGAUUUCAUUGAAUUAGCAGCUAAUUUAUCGUCGGUUAAAUUUUUACUUUAUACACGACAAAAUCCUAAAAAUGGUUAUGUUUUAAAAAUGAGCGAUCCGGAGAAUUUUUUUAAUUCUAAUUGGAAUAAAUCUAAUCCUACGAGAAUCGUCACACAUGGCUGGCGCGGUAAUGGCAACAGUGAAUCCUGCGUAGAAAUUCGUGAUGCAUUUUUAAAAGUUAAUGAUUAUAAUAUUAUCGUGAUUGAUUGGGGAGUUGUCGCAAGUGACAUAAUUUAUAGUAAAGUCAGAGCAUGUAUACCUAACGUUGCCAAAUACGUGGGUGCAUUUAUAGAUUAUCUUAAUUUCUUUGGCGAUAUUGAACUUGAUAAAACAUUAAUGAUUGGUCAUUCUUUGGGUGCGCAUCUUAUAUCACUCUCAGCUAAACAUACUGACGGUCAAAUUGGAGAAGUACUCGGUCUUGAUCCUGCAGGACCAGGUUACCAUAAUAGUGAUCCGAAUAAAAGAAUCCAUAAAUCUCAUGCUGACUACGUACAAGUAAUUCAUACGAAUGCUGGAAAAUUAGGUCUAGGAGGUAAUAUUGGUAUGUCAGAUUUCCACAUGAACGGUGGAAAAUCACAACCUGGAUGUCAUUUGGACAUAUUCGGAAAUUGUGCUCACGCAAGAUCAUAUCGAUAUUUUGCCGAAUCUAUUGUAAAUCAUCAUGGUUUCCGAGCUACUCCUGUUACGUGCAAUAAAUCACCUUUUACUUGUCCUAGCGUAUACAUGGGUGGACCUACACUUGAUCAUUCUGCUCAAGGAGCAUACACGCUGCCCACUGCCAGUAAACCUCCUUUUGCUUUAGGAUAAUUAUUGCGAUAUUUUUUAUUUCAUCAAAAGAUUGUAUAUAUAAAUACGUAUUAUAUAUUCUAAUAAAAUAAUUU